CAGCUGAGGUCCGGUAGCUCGCUCGCCUGACGCGAGGCUGAGAUGGUGCCAGCAGGCAGCCGCCAGCGGCCGGAUAGGCCUGGCUUGAUCUACGUGACCCGCUUCGCCUCGCACCGGCGUGGCGUGUGGCAGUUGAGGGGGCCCCGAGGUCUCCGCCACCAAGGCCCAGGGCUCGGGGCCUGCUUCGCCAUGGAGCAGACGGCAGUGGAGAGCGGGUCCCCCGGAGGAGAGCUGCCCACCGGCUCCCACGCCCGGGUGGCCGCCACCCGGGACUACUCCACCUCUUCCCAGCGGCGGAGGUCGAGAUCGCCACGGGGCCCGGAGCCGGCGGCGCGAGCAGGUUUACACCAAAAAAAUGAAGCUAAAGAGUUUGAUUUCCCCAUACCACUGAAUGAGGCCUCCAAAAUAAUGAAGGAAAAGAAAAAGGUCUUAGUGUGGAAAAAGGUACAAAAAGUCAUUUCCAAAAUGAUUGCAGAAAAUGAAAAAUACAGACACAGACUGAAGUGCCAAAAUCUAUCUAGUGAAAUUCGAGUUAAUACAAAAUGAAUGUGAGUCUUCCUGUCUUCUCUGCUACAACUUAAUCACUUCAUGAGAUUCCAACAACCUUGGCUUUGUGGUUUUAUGUUCUUCAAGUGACUAGUAAAUCCACCUGCUUCCAGUUGAAAGACACGUCAUCUAGGCAGUGGCCUAGGCCUUGCAUGCAUAUGUGAUCCACAGUUUCCCUGCAUACAGGCUCAUCCAACUUCUUUGGACAGUGCUGAGUAAAGUUUCACAUUGCUAAAUCCCUCAAUGAAGUUUCAAAUGUUAGUUCACACAGCUUAAGUAUAUUACUAAAUGGAACAUGUUUAUAAACUUGACUGCAUGAAAUUUUGUGGAGUGUGUGGACAAAGCUUUUUGGUAUAGUUCAACCUUAUGUUUAUGUUGUAUGACCUAUCAACUCUUCAUGGAAACAUGGCCUGUUUUGUCAUACCUGUCAGUGUUUAUUCAUGUCACUCUAUGGGUGUCAUACUGGAUAGUGUCCCACUGUUCUAGAAAUCUGCAGCUCUAAAGACUUCCAUGGAAAUGAAUGUUCUAAAUGUUAUGUUUAUUGUUUAAUAAUUUUUGGUGAAAGAUAUUAAAUCUAUUUUGUUG